UGAGUCCACCCACCCUGUUGUUCUAUAAGGCAAACAACCGAUCUAUAAUCAACCCUGCCCUACUUCCAGAGGUCGUAGUUCCCGCAUUAAUCGUCGGAAAAUCUCAUUUCCGGCGGUUAUUUCUCCGUAACUUCGCCAUCUCCGGUGGGUUUUCGCCGGGAAACAAACACCUCCAUUUCGCGGCGAUCCUUCAAUCCAUUUUUGUUCAUGUUUGCCAAUUAGUUUUGUAGAUGCCGGGAAACUACGACACCUCCAUUUCGCGGCGAUCCUUCAAUCCAUUUUUUUUCAUUUUUGGCAAUUAGUUUUGCAGGGAGGACGACAGGCCCAAGGUCUUAAAAAUGUGUCCUUUGAGGCUUAUGCUCGUCUUCCUCUCUGCUACAUUGGCUGGAUAUUUCGCCUGGAGAUCGAUUAGGUCGAAAUCUGACGAUGAUUCCGGUGAUCUUGUUGUUAAUGACUUGCCUGAAAACAAAGUUGCCUGCUCCACAAAGGUGGCUUCAUCUUUGGGUAAUGGCUUUUGGACCUUAGUGGACAUGGCCAGCGGAAGGUAUUUGUGGCGAAAUCUGAGGGUUAAAGAGGAGCCCAAACCAAAGGAGUGCUGAUUAACCCUUCUCUCUCUUAAAAUAGGGGUUUUUUGGUUCUUUACACGAGCCGUGUUUGUUCGCAUUGUAAUUACAUGAGAAUGUAUUGUAAGUGUGCGAUUUUAUACGAUGUCGGAAUUUCGCCAUUUUCCGGUUGCUUGGUUCUUCUAAGCGUUCAUGAGAUGAUCGGAAUCAUCGAUUUACUGGUCGCCGGAAUUCGGGAAAGUGAGAUUUACGGACCCGUGUUGGCCGCGGCUUUGCGUGAAUGAGUGGUAAUCAAAGCAAAAGCGUGGAGACAGCACAGAUCACCCUUUCAAUUUUUAUCAACACAAUUACGGUGGGUGGACACGUCAAAAUGUCUUCAAAAUUUUAGUAAAUGUUUCUUUUAUCAGUUUGGUUGUAGGUUUUUGGACAGUGUGGAUUGUACAAGUGCAAUGUCCAAUCUUCCAUCACCCGAAUAUACUCACUGUAUUCUCGCCUC